AUGUCAACAGUAACGCAUCCCAACGUGGCCAUUUCCGCUCCCGGCAAGGUGCUCCUGGCGGGUGGCUACCUCGUACUCGACCGCAAGUACACUGGCCUCGUCUUUGGCCUCAAUGCCCGCAUCAAUGUCAUUGCUGGCCAGAUUCAUUCGAGCGCCGGCGUGCAGCUCCGGGAGAUUAUGGUGGACAGCCCCCAAUUCUUAGAGGCGACGUGGCGAUACGGCUAUCACCUUGCUCCCGAGGGGGGCGGCAUCAAGGUUACUCAAUUACAAGUAGGAGGCGAGAUAAAGCCCAACCCAUUCGUCGAGACGACGCUGAAUUAUGCCUUGACAUACGCCAACACGGUGACUGGGGACAGCCACGCGCUUAGCUCCAGCCGGCUCAUCAUCCUUGCGGACAAUGACUACUACUCAAACUCUGCCGCCGCCGACGACACGCAUGGCCGGUUUUCCAAGUUUGGCGUGACGCUCAAAGACGCCAACAAGACGGGCCUCGGCUCCUCGGCGGCCCUCGUCACGUCGCUGACGGCCACGCUGCUCACGCACUACAUGCCCAAGGAGCUCUUUGACGUGUCCUCAGACGCGGGCCGGAAGACACUGCACAACCUCGCUCAGGCGGCGCACUGCGCCGCGCAGGGCAAGGUCGGGUCCGGGUUCGACGUGGCUGCCGCGGUGUACGGCUCGUGCACGUACCGCCGCUUCUCGCCCGCUAUCCUCGACGGCAUCCCCGAGGCGGGCGCGGCGGGCUUCGCGGCCCGGCUCGUGUCCGUGGUGGACGGCGAGCCGUGGGACGUCGAGGUGGCCGGCAGCGACCUGGGCGCCAUGCCCGCGGGCGUGACGCUGCGCAUGUGCGACGUCGACUGCGGCAGCCAGACGGUCGGCAUGGUAAAGAAGGUGCUCGCGUGGAAGGCGCAGGACGCCGCGCGGUCGACGCGGCUGUGGGACGACUUGCAGCAGCGCAACGAGGCGCUCGCCGAGAACCUGCGCGACGGCGGGCUGGCCGAGCUGCCGCAGAAGGUGGAGGGGGUGCGCGCGCUCAUCCGCGAGAUGGGACAGCAGAGCGACGUGCCCAUCGAGCCAGCGUCGCAGACGGAGCUUCUGGACGCCGUGUCGCGCAUCGAGGGAGUCUACGGCGGCGUGGUCCCGGGCGCGGGCGGCUUUGACGCCGCCGCGCUGCUGAUGAAGGACGAUGAGGCGACCAAGCAGCGAGUCGACGAGUUUCUCGCCAAGUGGAGCAGCGAGAAGAGCUCCAAGGUGAAGCUACUUAAUGUCAAGGGUGAAAUGGAGGGUGUGCGGAGGGAAAAGCUGGACGUGUACGACGGGUGGCUGUCAUGA